AACUGUGAGGUUACGAGACCGAGAGGCGUUCACCGAGAAUAAAGUGAUAACCAGGAACAAGUCCCAGGGAUUGGAAGCUGCAGCAGCAUCAGUAUGUUUGCCUCAGUUCCCGCCCGACUGGCGCUGCUCGCCCUGAUAAGCCUCCUGGCUCCUCCCCAGCUCCUGUCUGCUCCGUUUCCCGGUAUCGAGAAUGCAGCCAUCACUAACCAAGAUUUAUUGGCCGAGGAAUCCUUGCCCGUUUCAAGUUUGAGCCAGGUUCACGUCCAGCACAAUCGGCAUCGUCGCCAUCAUGGGGACGGGAAUCACGGUUUCGGGCAUAGCCACCACAAGCGGCACUGGGAUCACCAGUUUCCGGGCCCAGGUCCCGGACCGAGUUGCCAUCAUGGCCAUGGCGGAUUUGGAUACGAGCAUCCACACCAUGGCCCACCCCACCAUAGAUUUGAGCCAUUUCCAUAUGGUUUUGAGCCGUUCCCAAACACCUUUGGACCACCGGAACAUGAGGAGCACCAGCGGCCAUUUAAAGCUGAACUGGCGCCCUUUAAAGAUGACAAAGAAAGAUCUCCAAUGACGCCUCAACAGCCCAGAUCAAGCAGCGUGGCUCCUCCCGUAACCUCGCCACCUGCAACCACAACCACCUCAUCCUCAUCCACUGCAGCACCCACAACUUCCAGCACCACUGAAGAUGCCCCCUUGGCCAUUGACAUACGCAUCGGUUUGAGUUAGACUUAGGCCUUGGCUUUGUGUAAAUGUGUAACAAUAAAGUUGCUCCCCUUUUAACCACAA